CUACACGGAUUAAAGAUGGCGCCCUGUCAUGUACUGAGGUGCUGCAAACGGGCUCUGAACUGGGUACCUGUCCUGUUUAUAAACCUGGUUGUCGGCUGGUCUUACUACGCUUAUGUCGUGGAGCUCUGUGUCUAUACAAUCCCAAAUAAUGCAGAACGAAUCAGCUAUUUGGUCAUCUUUCACAUUUUCUUCGGCAUGUUUAUAUGGUCCUACUGGAAAACUAUCGGGACCAAACCAGCCGGACCCUCAAAAGCGUUCGGUCUACCCAGAGCAGAGAAGGAACUGUACGAGAGAGAGGAACGAGCCGAGACACAACAAGAAAUUCUGAAGAAAGUGGCGAGAAAUUUACCCGUGUAUACACGCACAGCAGGCGGAGCCAUCCGAUACUGCGACCACUGCCAGGUUAUCAAACCUGACCGCUGCCAUCACUGCUCAACCUGUGAAAUGUGUGUGUUGAAAAUGGACCAUCACUGCCCCUGGGUGAAUAACUGUGUUGGAUUCUCAAACUACAAGUACUUCGUGUUGUUCUUGGCCUAUGCCUCACUCUACUGUGUCGUCAUUUGUGCUACAGUCAUCCAGUAUUUCAUCAAAUUCUGGACAAAACAGCUGCCUGACACGCAUGCCAAAUUCCACAUCUUGUUUCUGUUUUUCGUGGCUGCCCUGUUCUUCAUCAGCAUCGUGUCACUCCUCAGCUACCAUCUGUGGCUCGUGGGGAAGAACAGGACCACUAUAGAGGCUUUCAGGGCUCCUGUCUUCACAAACGGUCCAGACAAAAAUGGGUUUUCUCUGGGCUUUAGCCGAAAUGCAGCUGAGGUGUUUGGAGAUCAAGCGAAGUACUGCAUGUUUCCUGUUUUCUCAAGUCUGGGAGAUGGACAUUCCUAUGUUACCAGAUUGGUACACAUCGAUCCUGAACAGGCAAACAGUGUCCUUCAGCAAAAUGGCAAAAGCCCUGCUGAUGUGGAGGCCAAACCGUGUGUACUUGGUAACAACAUUCAACAUGCAGCGGACGACAGCAAAGAGAAAACCGACGGAGGCCAGAUAGUGUCGGUGACAAUGGAGAGUGAACCAUAGCCGGCCGCUGAACUGAUGCUGCCAGAUGGUUUGCUACAGAGAACCUUCUGAGAAGCGGUCACUGGAAGUAGACACUUUCACAAAAAAAAAAAAUACCAGGCAGGUGAUUGGAUGAACCAUCCGUCUUAUCACCAUCACACACUGUCCAUGCUGAAACCACUCAGUAGAAGAGCAAAUGCUUUCAGUGCUUUCUCUUCUUAAAAACAAUCUCCAGUUCUGAUAUCUGAUGAUAACCUCUUCAGGAGUCACCACCAUUGUUUUUUAGAAUGAACAGUCACAUCUCUGUGUUUUCAAUUUAGCUGUCAGUAGCUCCUUACGGGGCGCUGAUAGCUCAGAACACAAUACCUGGAGCCUGACGAGAUUGAUUUGCGAUCUUGCGAUAUUACCAGAUAAUCGUGGGAACCAGCUGCCAUGCAAAGGUAAGCAGGUUGCAGGUGCAUCAGAUAACUAUGAAGCCUUAAACCAGGAGCAUCAGCACCUCUACAGGAGCUGUCCUCCUCCUUCACUUUGAGUUUGCAACCUCAAGCAAUAUUUUUUGUAUGCACAUUAAAUGGACCAUUCUUCAUCCAGCAUGCUUUAAACCAGCACCACAACACUGUUAUCAUGUCAACACAGACUGUACAGCAGAAGUUAUUCACAGGUUUUUAUCUUUUUUGAGCCAAAGAUAAUAAUGUUUUUUAUUGCAUCUGAAUAACUCUGGGACUGUUUUUUUUUUUUUCCAUCUUGAGCCAUGCCUGUCUACUUUGUCUGUGUUUUAUAUACAUUGACUAAUCACAUUAUACAUUCCUACUGGAGAAUCAACCUUCAUCAGUAUUAAUCAAGCAUUAAUAACUAAGAGAGAACCACUAAAGUGAGGCGUGUAUAACGUUUCAACACAGUUUUAAACUCCAAGCACAGUGCAAUUAUUACGACCAGUGGUCAGUUAUCAUAAAGUCUGAUUUAGUUUACAGUUUACAUGAUUGAAAAUAUUUAAAAGGUCUUUCUGUUUACACUUUUAAGAUGUUUGUUUUUUACAUUUCAAAUUUUAUACCGCAGUCAAACAUACAGGUGAUAUAAGCUUAAAAUGUGAGGACCAAAUCCACUUUCAUUUCAAAUAAUUAUUUAAGCACCACUAACCACUAGUUCAGGGUAGAAAUUAUCAAUGAGAUUGCCAUUUUUUAUGCACUAUAGAUAUCUAAUUUAUUUGUUUUCAAGCUUUUAUAAAUAGUCUUUCAUGUUUAUUGAUUUUUUGUAUUUGUUUUAUUUAUAUUUUAGUUUUUUUUAUGGGCAUUGUUCUCUUCAACAGAAUGUUUUCACUUUCAUGAUCAAUUAUUUGCUAAAGUCUGUAUUUGUUUUUAAAUUAAUCAAUCUUGAGUGUCAAUGCCAAUGAUUAAAUGUCUUUAUUGGGGUUUUUUAAUGGUAAGAUUUAUUUGAAAGUAAGAGCACAAAAUGAAACUGUUAAAAUAUAUUGUGAGAAAGGUCAGGGACAUUUGAUGCACUGUGUCCUUGAGUCUGUACCAGCAUAGAUAAGGCAGACUUUAUAUUCCAUAUGUCAUCAUAAACGCUCCUCUCUGUGUAGCGUAAUUCAUUCAUUUUAGUGGAAAUGAUGCUGAGCACAGUGUAGGGUUUGCCGGAGUGAUCAGUAGACACAGAUAAUAAUCAGUAGACAAUAACUAGGGCUAACCCAUGUGCAUGUACUCAAAGAAUCUCACAGAAGUUUAAUAACUAACGUCCCUGACUGAAGUUAACGCACCCCAAACAGCCAGAGCUGCUUUUAGCGUAGUUAGGCCUGUAAAGAACUGCUGUUUUACUGGGACACAACUAUUCAUGCAGGGGGGCUUUCAUGUUCUGUAACAAUAAAUGUAAUGUAAGAAA